CAGGAAAUAUGACCGUAACCCUACUACAGCCAACCUCGAUAGCAAAUAAAGUUGCCAAUGUUGAGUUGGCAGUUUGGCAGUCAAGACGCCGCUGCAGCUGACCUCAGUUAGCAUCUCAUCCUCCUCCAGCCUUUCCUUACAUCAUCUAUUUCGCGUCUUAAAUUUAGUUUUUAUACAAUUCUAAAAUCACUAAAGGGACGAAUGAAGACGCCAUUAUGACACUACGAAAAGUAAACUUGGUGAUUCUGGUGCUUCUGGCUGUGGCUUUCCUUAUUAUUGUUCAGAGAAACCUCCUCAGUCUCAGCGACAUUUUACACAAAGAGAAUCCAGAUGCCGGAGUGGUCCUUCCGUUUGAAGCGGAGCUCUCUCAGAACCUGCAUCCAGACUCAGGGCCCAGAUCCGGAGAUGAAAUCUUGGUUCUGAUUACAGCGACUGAGGACCGACUGGGCGCCACGAUGACGGCCAUAAACAGCAUCUACUCCAACACUAAAGCUAAUGUGGUGUUCACUAUAGUCACUCUCAACCACACCGUACAGCACCUCAACGCAUGGCUUGGUGAAUCAAAACUAAAAAGCAUUAAACAUAGAAUAGUUAUAUUUGAUCCAGAGCUCCUCAAAGGAAAAAUUUCUCAAGACUCAAACAGCGUGGAAGCCUCAAAACCAUUGGCAUUUGCAAGAUUCUACCUCCCCCUUUACUUCCCAGAGGCAGAGAAGGCCAUUUAUUUAGACGAUGAUGUUAUUGUACAAGGAGAUAUUCAGGAGCUGUUUGAGACCAAUCUUAAACCAGGACAAGCUGCAGCCUUCUCAGACGACUGUGACUCGACCUCUGCAAAAGGAAUCAUUAGAGGAGCUGGGAAUCAGAAUAACUACAUGGGUUUCCUGGACUUCAGGAAAGAGUCAAUAAAGAAGUUGGGUCUAAGAGCAAACACAUGUUCAUUUAACCCUGGAGUCUUUAUCGCAAAUCUGACAGAGUGGAAAAACCAGAACAUCACAGGGCAGCUGCAGCACUGGAUGGAGCUCAACACACAUGAGGACCUGUACAGUAAGACUCUGGGUGACAGUGUGAUCACUCCUCCUCUGCUCAUCGUCUUCUACAAACGACACGGCGCCAUCGACCCCAUGUGGCACAUCAGGCAUCUGGGUACAACAGGAGCAGGUAACCGUUACUCGUUCCAGUUCGUCAAAGCGGCCAAACUUCUGCACUGGAACGGCCAUUACAAACCCUGGGGCCGUGGCGCUGCCUUUACUGAUCUCUGGGAUCUGUGGUACAUUCAGGACCCCUCCGGAAAAUUCCACCCCAUCAGACGACACGAGGACAAAGAAUAAUACCACUGCAAAAAAGGACAUUUACACAAGAUUUAAAAACGUCAAGUUUUGGGACCUUUUUAACCAAGUGGACCUACUUUGGACGACAUUUUACCUCAGGAAAAACUACCCUGUUAAGUCUGAAUUUUCGGUUUAAAACACUAUCAUGCUCUCAUCAAUUGUAUUUUUUUUAUUAUCGCCAAAGCCUUACCUCACUUAACCUGUGGACAUUCUACCUGCAAAUCAUGUUUAGAUUUUUUAUAGUUUAAAUUUUAGUUUAAAAAAAGUAAUGUUCAGUUUUCCCUCAUUUUAACAUGACACAAUUAGUCCAACUACUGUAUCUCCAAACAUUUUAACAUCAGUCUGCCUUCAUUUAUAGUAACAGAAAUGUGUUUUAUUUUGCCAAUUUUCUACAUUCAAAGUUAUGUCCUUUUCAACUCUUAUGUAGCUGUAAUGAAUUUAGCUACUAGCCUUAGCUUUAUAGCUGCUAACAUUCAAAAAACACUAUAUUCCAAGUAUUUUAUUAUUGUUUUUACUGGUGCUAAACUUUCAUAACUUGCCCUGUCUGCCUUAACCUGAGAUGUUGCCAGUUUUAAUAAGUUUUUAUCCUGUUUUCAUAAAAGUUGUAAAUAAUGUCGAGUUUUGUAAAUACAUUAAAUAAAGAGCUUUUUAUUCAAAA